AUGGCGGCAGAGCCAUCCGAAGAGGUUGUCGAGUUUGUUCUGGAUGCACGCUAUGGGGAACAAGAAGCCGUGCAGGAAGCUCUUGCAAGCGGAGUGCAGGUCAAUGCUCGUAGCCACGGUGGGUCUACGGCACUGUUCAUGGCCAGUGCAAACGGCCAUAUGGACAUUGUGCGCAAACUUCUCGAAGCACGCGCAUCAGCAGAUUUGGCAAACGAUGCUGGCAACUGCCCGUUGCACUGGGCUGCGCUAAACGGCCAUCUGGAAGUCGUGAAGAUGCUCAUUGCAAGUCGCGCCGAUGCCAACCUGAAGAAUGAGUUUCAAAAGAGGCCAUUCGAUGAAGCCUUCAGCAGGAGCCACGCCGAGAUUUGCGAAGCGCUCGCGAGCGUCACGUCUUUCGAAGACGACGUGCCAGCAGACGCCGAGACGAGGGAAGCGGACGAUGCCCCAGACACCUAG